AUGGAUCCAUCAAUUGUCACUCAACUCAUUGAUAUUCUUCGCAUCAAUCCGUAUUCUAUUUUUUUCCGCUCUCUUGGUGAUUUGCCAGAUUUGGAAAAUCAAAUAAUUCAUAUAAGAUCAGAUGCUGGCCUAGAUCAACGUGUAUUCAAUGCCCCCACAUCUUCACAAGUUGCAGCAAUAUGGGUAGAAAAUGAUGAUGAAGAUCAACUAAGAGGACGUGACAUUUUUGUCUUUAACCAUUCUGGUGGAAGUCAUAGAGUUCAGUACUAUUUUGGGUGUUAUGAUCCAUUGCAAUAUCUGUUGUUAUUUCCAUUUGGCGAUGUUGGUUGGCAUCAAGGGAUUGAAAGGAUUAGUAGAGGAAGGAGAUCUACGUAUAACGAAACAAACGGAUCAAUAAAUCCUCAACAAUCAGUGACUGCAGAAGAAUUACUUGCAAGAGAACAACGAGCGUCAAACAGAAAAAUGAAGGAUCCAGUUGUUUCAUGCCGUGAAUAUUAUUGCUAUAAAUUACAAAUCAGAGAAAAUGUCAGAUCAAUUUUGUUACUUUCUGGUCGACUAUUGCAACAAUUUGUAGUAGAUAUGUAUGUUAAGAUCGAGACGUCAAGAUUAGACUAUUUUAGGAAAAAGCAACAACAUAUUCGAUCAGAGUUAUAUCAAGGUAUUGUUGAUACAAUUACGCUUGGGGAAACAAACGCUUCUAAUGUUGGAAAACGGAUUAUACUGCCUUCAUCAUUUCUUGGAGAUCCAAGAGACAUGAGAAAAAGAUAUAUGGAAGCAAUGGCUUUAGUUCAGCGUUACGGCAAACCAGACAUUUUCUUAACAAUGACGUGCAAUCCAAAUUGGAAAGAAAUUACAAAUGAACUACAUCUGCAUGAGGAGAGUCAGAAUCGACCUGAUUUGGUUGCUCGAGUCUUUCGUGCAAAACUAGAAGAAUUAAAGGAUCAAUUAUUCAAGAGGAAAAUAUUUGGUCAAGUCUCAGCAUAUGUCUACGUUAUUGAGCAUCAAAAGAGAGGUCUUCCACAUGCGCAUUUUUUAAUUAUCUUACAGAAGGAUUGGAAGGUUUAUGCGCCUGAAUCUUUUGACGAGAUCGUAUCAGCAGAGAUACCUGAUAAAAAUACAAACUUGCACUUGCAUAACGCUGUUGUAAAGCAUAUGAUGCAUGAGCCAUGUGGAGUGUUGAACCCAACAAAUGUUUGCAUGAAGAAAAAUGGUUGUUGCAAAAGUAAUUAUCCAAAAAAUUACGCAUCUGCUACAACCGUUGGAAAUGAUUGCUUCCCAAUAUAUAGGCGUUCAAACAAUGGAGUAACUGUCAAAGUCAGAGGCCAAAAUUUAGAUAAUCGUUGGGUUGUUCCAUAUAAUCCAUAUCUGCUUGCAACAUUUGACUGUCACAUUAAUGUCGAGAUUUGUUCUACGAUAAAAGCAGUCAAAUAUCUUUAUAAAUACAUUUAUAAAGGACAUGAUCGUGUUGCUUUCAACUUGAUUUCUGAACAAAACAAUCAACAAGUUGAUGAAAUCCAACAAUUCCAAUCGACCCGAUGGAUUGCUCCCCCUGAAGCUAUGUCGAGGAUAUAUGGCUUUAUUAUUAAUGAGAUGUACCCAGCAGUGUAUAGUUUACAUUUACAUCUGGAGGAUCAACACCCAGUGACUUUCCGAGCAAAUGAUGAUAUAAUCAAUGUUGUCAACUUAGAUCGUUCUAGAAAAUCGAUGUUAACAGAAUUUUUUGCAUUAAAUCGAGUAGACGAGAAUGCAAAGAGAUUACUGUAUAAAGAAUUUCCAGAAUAUUAUGUUUGGAACCAACAAAACAAAGAUUGGACUCCUCGGAAAAAGAAAACUGUUAUAGGCCGUAUUGUUACAGCAAAUCCAUUUGAAGGCGAAAGGUAUUAUCUGCGGAUAUUGCUAAGCCAUGUAAGAGGACCUUUGUCGUUUGACGAUCUCAGGACAGUUGAUGGUGUUGUGGCUCCAACAUUUCGUGAGGCAGCAACAAUGCAUGGGUUGCUACAGAGAGACAGUAGCUUAGAAGAUUGCUUACAGGAAGCAUCUUUAUAUCAAGUGCCAUCCAGUUUGAGACGGUUAUUUGCAACAAUAUUGGUUUAUUGUAAUCCAACCAAUCCGAGGGAGCUUUGGGAACGUUUUGAGCAAGAUAUGUCAGCUAAUUUCAAACCAACAGAAGAUUCUAUAUCAAAUGUAAGAACCCAAGUAUUGAGGUCAAUCUCUUUUACAAUUGAAUCAAUGGGAAAAGACAUUAAUUCCUACCAUCUUCUUGAUGACGACAUUUGCUUCGAUGAAGAAGAAUUUCAAUCUAGAGAAAUCGAUGAUGAAUUGGCUGUUGAAAUUCUAGAAGAAGAUAUUGCUGCAUCACAAUUUCUUAAUAGUGAACAACAACAUGUCUAUAACGCAGUGUUGGAAAAAGUAUUUGCAAACCAAAAUGCUGCAUUCUUUGUAGAUGGCCCAGGUGGGACAGGGAAAACAUUCCUGUACAGAGCACUUCUCGCAACAGUACGAUCAAGAAAAUUAGUAGCACUUGCAACUGCUUCAUCAGGCGUUGCUGCAUCUAUUCUUCCGGGAGGUCGAACAGCACACUCACGUUUUAAGCUUCCACUUGAUACUGACGAAAGAAACACGUGCUGUGUCAGCAAACAAAGUGCACUGGCAAACCUACUACGUGCAGCAAAAUUAAUAAUUUGGGACGAGGCUCCAAUGACAAGAAAACAACACAUAGAAGCAUUGGAUAAGAUGCUACGAGACAUCAAUGAUUCAGAUGUAACAUUCGGUGCAAAGGUUGUUGUUUUCGGUGGAGAUUUUCGACAGGUUUUACCCGUGGUUCGUAAAGGAACAAGACAACAACAGGUUAAUUCCAGUUUGGUUUAUUCCUAUUUAUGGCCUACAUUGACCAAGUUCCGAUUAACUGAAAAUAUGCGAGCAAGACUUGAUCCAAUUUUUUCAGAUUAUGUGUUAGAAGUUGGAAACGGAAUGCCACCAAACACAGUUGAUGAAACCAUAAGGAUUCCAAAUAGGAUGCUUAUUCCCUAUUAUGAUGACAACACUUCUUUAGAUCAUUUGAUAGAAGAUGUUUUCCACAAUAUUCAUGAAUAUUCAAUGAAUAUUUCAACUAUGAUGAAUCGGGCAAUAUUAACACCGAAGAACAGUUAUGUUGACGAAAUAAACGCAUUGUUGAUUCAUAGGCUCCCGGGUGAAAUUCAGCGAUAUUAUAGUUUUGAUGAAACAAUAGAUGCAUCUAAACAAUCAGUUAUGGAAGAUUUCUUGAAUACUCUAACCCCAAACGGACUUCCGCCUCAUGAAUUAUUACUCAAGAAAAACUGUCCCAUCAUGCUGCUUAGAAACAUUAAUCCUUCAGAAGGGCUAUGCAACGGAACCCGUUUGAUUUGUCGGGCUUUUGAUCAAAAUGUCAUAGAUGCAGAAAUUGCAGUUGGACACCAUAUCGGAAAAAGAGUGUUCAUUCCAAGGAUACCAUUCUUACUAAAUGUUGAUGAAAAUAGUGGUUUUCCAUUCAAACGAACUCAAUUUCCUAUAAGAUUGAGUUUCGCAAUGACUAUAAAUAAGUCACAAGGACAGACAUUAGAUUGUGUUGGGAUUUAUUUACCUCAGCCAGUUUUUUCACAUGGUCAAUUAUAUGUGGCUUUAUCGAGGGCAAAGACAUCAUCUGCAGUGAGGAUUCUAAUACGACCAGGAAAUCGAGUGCAGGCGACAAUGUUUGGAACUGAUAUUGACCCCCGGGAGAACACUUUAAAAAUUUUACAGUCCUAUUAUAUCAUCGAUGCAUAUGUCAAACCAGUAGAUCCAAAAUACAAAAUUGGAGAAUAUCAAUAUCAAUGGACCCUGAACUCAAAAACAAUAAUAGAAGAUGUUCCACAGAACGAAGAGCAAAUAGAUGCACCAAAAUAUGAGAUCGUCCCAUUCAAGGACUUGGAGGCUUAUAGAGGGUCGAUUGGAGAAAUAGAUAUUUUAGCUGUCGCAAUCAAAAUUAAGCCAACUAAAGAUAUAACGACAGCAUCUGGACCAACAACGAUCCAGGAGAUAUAUGUUAUUGAUGAAAGCUUGAACCCCAUAUGUUUGACUAUGUGGGGUCGAUUUGUCCAAGACGAAUGUAAGAAAAUAUCAGAUAUUAUUGAAGAUAAGCCGAUAAUACUUGGAACAAAAAUAUCUGUUGGAUCAUAUAACGGAUUGUCUCUAUCAUCACGCCCAUCAAGUACCUUUAUAAUCAAUCCUCUUCUUCCUGAGGCAUCUGCAAUGAAGCAAUGGGCGGAGAAUAACGAUUUGAUAAUUAGAAGUAUUAUUGCAAGAUCCUUGACCUACCCAUCUGCACCACUGUCAUCUGUUGGUAUUCGGGAAAUUGUGAAGAAUUGUGAUAUUGCAGGGUUGAUUAAGGGUUUACAACCCAUGGCGAAAGCAAAAUUCUGGAUAAAGGCGAAGGUAAAUGUUAUUGACUUCACCCAAGUUUUUUAUUACAUGUCAUGCAUUGGCUGUAAUAAAGGAACUGGAUAUAAAUACAAUGAAAGCUUCGUUUGUAUGUAUUGCAAAAAUCAAGGGGUCUGCAAACCACGUGCUAGGGCAUAUGUUGAACUGGACGAUAACACUGGAAAGCUAGCUGCUACUAUGUUUGGUGAAGUAGCAGAACAGGCACUUGGUUGUUCAGCAGUUGAAUUGAUGGAACAUGCUGGAGAGGAAAAUCGACCGUAUGUUAAAUGCAUUGCAGAGAAAUUAUCAAAAAAGAUUUGA